AUGAGAAAGAGGAACAAAGGAAAGCAAAAGGGGUAAGGGAUGAGAUCCAAGAACUGGCGCAACAAAUCCUAGAGAUAUACAUUUUUGCUGGAAACAUCACGAAUAUACCAGAGGCACCAAUGUUCGUGGAUGUCGUGAAUGUUGCGAAAAGGGCUAUCGUUCUAAAUACCACCCAAGAAAAGAAAAUGUCUAAAAGG